AUGAGAGCGUUGGCCACGUCUACUUUGUUUUGGCUUUUGUGGUUUAGCUCCCACAUUUGCUUAAAGUGUGAGGAGCGCAAUUUUCGAAUAAAGAUGGAAGAGUUUUCAGUUAAAUAUAAGGUGCGCGAUUUGAUUCAGCAUAUAGAUUUCCGAAUCGUUAAUCUGAACAAUCGGAGUUACGUCAACGGCGAGAUGAUAGUGAAUUCGGAUGUGGAGGAUAUAAUAAUGCACACAACCAUGGAUUUUUGGAAGACCACUAACCAAAAGAAAAUAAAACUUUAUGAUGGUCGUUUGGAUGCAUGUCAAUUCCUAAAAACUUCUCAUCGGAAUGGAUUGUUUAAAAUUUACGUGAAAAGUUUCAAAAAGCACGUACAUGGAAAUCUAACUUGUCCUUUAAAAAUGAAUUUCAACUAUACCCUGACAAAUUGGCAUAUGGACGAGAAGGAUCUUCCUCCGUUUGUUCCUUUGGGUAAAUUUCGGACUGUCACCGAAUAUUUUACACAAGAGCGAUUGGCACUGCGAAUCGUGACGCAAGGAAAAGUGCUUUCUUACAAGACAAAUUGA